UCUCCUUUUGCUCUUCUGGAAUGAGCCCGCAGCGCGCCGACUGACAAACUCCCAGUUCGCUGGCACUGAGCCUCUCCCAUCACCCAGGCCAGAGCCCUGAGGGCAGCAUGUGAAUGGAGGUGGAGAAGUCUGCUUCUGUCGUUGCUGGUGCUGGUCCUGCUGCUGCCGCUGCCGUGGCUGAGAAAGAGGGCAGAGUCACCACCGCCGCUGUCCGCCUGCCUCCCGUCACUCUCAGAGCCAUGGCCAAGGGAGAGAGAGCAGCCGCCGAGGGCUCACCGGCCGACAAGCUCGUUGUGAAGCACCCCAAGCCCAUCUUUGCCAAAGUCACACAACAGACCAUAGUGGAACAGAAGCUGUCAGUGAGCAGUAAGCUAUGUUUCGCCAUCGGAGGAGCACCCAAUCAGGUUGCAGGAAGUGCCACUGCUUUCUUCCUGCAGAUCUUCCUGCUUGAUGUUGCCCAGAUAAACCCUUUCCAGGCCUCCAUGGUCCUCUUCAUUGGUAAGGCCUGGGGUGCCGUCACCGAUCCCGUCGUUGGCUUCUUCAUCACCAAAAGCAAAUGGACGAAAAUUGGACGGUUGAUGCCAUGGAUGGUGGGGUGCACUCCCUUUGUGGUGGUGGCCUACUUUUAUCUCUGGUUCGUCCCGCCCUUCGCAAACGGCAAGUUCAUGUGGUAUCUGGGCUUCUAUUGCCUAUACCAGACCCUCAUCACGUGCUUCCACGUGCCUUACUCAGCCCUCACCAUGUUCCUCAGUACGGACCAGAGGGAGAGGGACUCUGCCACGGCCUACCGUAUGACGGCAGAGGUUCUGGGCACGCUCGUUGGUGCUGCCAUCCAGGGUCAGAUCGUGGCGAGUGCCCACACAAUGAAGCACUGCCUACAUCACAACCUGUCCACCAGUCACCUGGGCAACAGUAGCGGCUCCGAGGUCGUCAAGAGUCUGGCGCUCUCGCAGGACUUCCUGUCUCAUGCGAGAGAGGUCUACAUGAUCGCAGCAGGGGUGAUCGGUGGGAUAUUUCUGAUCUGCACUGUGGUGAUGUUCUUGGGAGUUAAAGAGAAAGACGAUCCCUACGUACCAAAGACGGAGAAGCAGAUUUCUUUCCAUCAGGGUUUUGUGCUGGUGAUGCGGCAUGGGCCCUACAUCACGCUCACAGCAGCCUUCCUCUUCAUAUCGGUGGCCAUCCAGCUGGUGCAGAGUAAUUUUGUCCUCUUCUGCACCUACGCCGUGGACCUGCGAGAUCACUUCCAGAACAUCGUUUUGACCAUUCUGAUCUCAGCCGUGGUGAGCAUCCCAUUUUGGCAGUGGUUCCUUGAGAGGUUUGGCAAGAAGACGGCAGCGUUCUGUGGUAUCACGUGGAUCAUGCCCUUCACCGUCAUGCUGGUCUUCAUCCCAAACCUGGUUGUGGCGUAUGUGGUGGCCGUCUCGUCCGGCCUCAGCGUCGCUGCCUCGCUGCUGCUGCCAUGGUCCAUGCUCCCUGAUGUGGUAGACGACUUUCGGCUGGCCAACCCUUUCUCCAAGGGACAUGAGGCCAUCUUCUACUCCUUCUAUGUGUUCUUCACCAAGUUUGCUGCCGGGAUAUCACUGGGAGUCUCAACACUUUGUUUGGAGUUUGCAGGCUAUGACACAGGAGCAUGUCGGCAACCCCCUCCAGUGGCGUACACACUGAAGCUUCUGAUUGGUGCAGCACCUGUGGCUUUCAUUGUGACAGGGCUGAUGAUUCUUCUCCUGUACCCAAUCAGUGAGGACGUGCGACUGCGGAAUAAGCUAGCCCUAGAAGACCUCAGGUUGCAGUCUGUGUAGUAAGGGGCCGCUGUAAGGCUCAGGACUGUGGACUUGUGUAAUCCCCUAUGUAUAACCAUGUAACAUCAUACUGCAACUUUUAAAUUACUUUUAAAACUCUUGCUGUAAAUGUUAGCAAAGCUUGAGAACAAUCCUUGGGGGACAUUGGUCAGCGAGCCAAGUUAGUGACCUUCUGUUGACCUUUGCUAGAGGUGCUUCUAUUCUGAAGUUCCGUUUCUCGGAAAAGCAAGCUCUCUAAGACAGCAAUAGGGCAUCCAUCCCAGAGGAGUAUACUACGAAGCGAGGUUACUUACCCAGGUAACCUCGGGAGCUAACGCUGAUCUCAUAACAGAAGCAAUACAUACAGUUAAGCAUUCUUUUGGAGAUCAACAGUUACUCCUGAAGUUACCGGGGUAAACCAGUAACCUCACUUCGUAGCAUAUCUCUCAGGUCCCUUGGAGAGUACCUGUGUGCAUUAGCUAUAGAACUGAACAAAGGCCACAGGAUUUUUGCAUUCCAGUAUUACACUGGGAUGAGUUGUGUUAGUGUAUAUUACACUGUGGAACAGAAAUACUACAAAUAUAUCAUGUUUUCAUGUAAACAUUUAAGUUUGUUUCUGUAUUUUCACAAGAACUUGUAAGGUUGAUUGUUAUUAUUACAUAAGGAUUGUAUUGUGAUCUUGGAUUAAAGAUAUAACCAAUAACAA